GCCCAAUCUAUGAAGCAGAAUUGUUUUUCUCAAGAUGCUGGAAUUUCUCGGCCUCGUCUUAAAACAAAUGGUCACUUCACCACAUAUAUGCAAACUCGUGACAGGUUAUCUCCAGAGCGACCGCCACCUGCUGGAAUGCUUAUCCCUAAAGCAGUACCAAACCUUCCUAAUAGGACAUUAUCAAGUUAUAGCCCUCGGCUUUCCAGAUCUUCCAGAAAUCACAGAUCUAUGAAGUGGCCAAAUGGUCUUGGCUCUGAAAGCCAAGCUGCACUUUCUGAUGAUGAACUGCAAUCUAAUUCUAAGCAUUCUCGGGACCAUGAUCUAUAUACACGCCUUGGCCUUCUCCUUGGUGACCGUAUGCCUCUCUCAGGCUCAAAAUCCAGAGCUGGUAAUCACAGCAGUCAAGAAUCUUAUGCGAGUAUAUCCUCUCUAGCAAGCAGUGAAGCAAAUACAACAAAUACAAGUCCUUUGUCCACAUUAACAGAUUCAUCAGAUCCUGAUCCCUUAUCAUGCAUUGGGAGUUUACAUGCUCCGAGUCGUGAACAGAGUUCUGACAGUGUUGUGUCUCUAAUAAGUUCAAGUACGGGUCACAGUUCAUGUAGUAGUCCUAUAGGAACUCAGUUCCAGAGGCAUGCCCCUGCAAGGACAAGUGAUAGUUUUGUACAGUUUGCCAAACGUAAUCUAACAAGACGCAGGAUGCAUCAUAGAAGUGAUGAAUCUGCCCUUAAUUUAUUUCCAGUUGGAAAAAAUAGCAAUGCAAGUAAGCUUUUAAAUAAAUCUCUGAAGCCAUUGUAUUUUGAAGUGCCUCAAGCUGAACCUGAGCCCUUGUUCAUUGGCCGUCAGUGGUUGUUUAAAGAAAUUGAACAGGAAAUAACGGACUCUAAGAGUAAAAAAGCUAUUGUGAUAAUAGGUGGUCCUGGUUCUGGAAAAACUGCUGUUGUAUCCCAGCUACUAGAAUAUAGUUCUUUCAGGAUGAAGAAAGAUGAUGCAAUAUAUCAUGAUAUCCAAUCUUUAGAUGGCAGUGAUUAUAACAUGUCAAAUUCUAGCAGCAGUGAUUCAGGCCUUUAUCAAUCCAUAUCCACAUUGCAUUACAGUGGUGCACGUUCCCUAGGUAGCCGACUUGUUGCUUAUCAUUUGUGCCAAGCUAACAAUUAUCUGACUUGUCUCGUGCCUGAUUUUGUACAUAGUAUUGCCUCCUAUUUAUGCCGAGCUCCUCAUCUCACUGCUUAUAGGGAUCUUGUUGCUCGCAACCAAAGAUUGCAAGAUCUUCUUAGCCUGCCUUCUUGUAUUGCUGAUGCAAGUGCUUCUUUCAUUCAUGGAAUUUUAGAACCUCUGAAUUCUCUCAGGUGUCAGAAUCGGAUACCAAAUACUACUUGUUUAUUGGUAGUCGAUGGUUUGAAUGAAGCUGAGUAUCAUCGUCCUGAAUAUGGAGAUACAAUUGCUUCAUUUUUAGUGCGUAAUUUUGAUGCAAUUCCACCAUGGCUAAAGGUAAUUGUUACUAUUAGAACAACCUUUGGUGAUCUUGUGAAAAGACUUCCAUCUCAUUGUAUAUUAUUGGACAAAGUUUCUACUAGUGAAAAUAUUCAGAAAGAUCUACGUAAUUAUAUUUUACAUCGUAUAAAUACUAGUUCUUCAAUACGUGCCAACCUCACUGUAAAUAAUAAUAAAGUAGAAGGAUCUUCUAAUUUAAGGUUUGCAUCUCAUCUUUCGAAUCUCAGUCAAGGUUGUAUUCUGUACAUCCGCCUAACAUUAGAUUUGAUUGAAAAGGGUCAUCUAGUUGUCAAAAGCAGUAGUUAUCGAGUUCUCCCUGUUUGUUUGAGCGAAGUGUAUACUUUAAGUUUUAACUUAAAGUUCACAACUAUAAAAUCAUAUGAAAAAGUUGUUCCUAUUCUUCAAAUAUGUCUAGCUUCGUUGUAUCCUCUUACUCUGCAAGAACUUUACCAUACUCUGUGUUCAAAAUCUGUAGUUGAUGGUCCAUCAUGGGAUGAAUUCAUGAGUCGGAUGGAUACUUUAAUAUCUGGUCAUUUUAUUGUUACAAGACAUGAUGGAACUGUUAUGUUUGCCCAUCCUUCUAUGCGAGAGUGGUUACUUCGAAGAGAUGAAAAUGAAAGUUCAAAGUUUCUGUGUGAUGCUAGAGCAGGCCAUGCAGCAAUAGCUUUCCGCAUGAGUCGAGGCAUUCAACAACAGACUCCUGAUGACUGCUUAGAACUUGGACAUCAUGUUUUAAAAGCACACAUAUACAGAACUACGCCAAAAGAUCUUAUUACUUCAUGCUUGCCCAGAGAUUUGCAAGCUUAUUGGGUCAACCUAGGUAGUCAAUGCAUUUUGUCUUCAUUAGGAUCUCUGAGAAAUAUUUAUAGUCCAAAUGUUAAAGUGAGCCACCUGUUACUUUUAGCUGGAGCUAAUCCUCGAUAUUGCAUUGAAUCUCUAGAUAAAAUGCCUAUUAUUGCAGUAGCUGCGCAUCAUGGAUUCCUAGAUAUGGUAUGUCUUCUAGUAGAAUUUGGAGCUGAUGUAAAUGCUACCUCAAAUGGUGGACUUGGUGCAUUAGCAUUAUCAUGUCAGAAAGGUUACAUAGACAUUGUACGAGUACUUCUAAUGAAGGGUGCAAAGAUAAAUCAAUUGGAUGAUGAAGGUAAAUGUCCCUUGGUGCAUGCUGCAUCUAAUGGUCACUUAGAUGUAGUCAUGCAUUUACUGCAGUCUGACUGGCCUACAGAAGAAGGGAAUGGGCCUAGUUUCCCUGAGGCUGCUCAGAGUUCCUUAAUAUCUGCUGCUUAUAAUGGCUAUGCUAAUGUUUGUGAAUAUCUGCUGGAUAUGCCUGAAGUCCGAAUCAAUGAUCUCGAUAAACUCACUGGGCAUUCAGCAUUAACAGCGGCUAGCUGUGCUGGUCAGCUUCAAACCUGUAAUAUUCUUUUAAGACGUAAUGCUUCAGUCAGUAUGACAAAUCAGCGUAAAGAAACUUCUCUGCUGUGCUCUGCAUUUGAAGGACACUGGGAAAUAGCAGAGAAGUUAUUACUACAUGGUGCCUCAUUAGAGCAAAGUGAUACUUUAGGAAGAACUCCUCUGAUGCUAGCAGCAAUGGGUGGUCAUCCUGUCCUUGAACUCUUUCUGUCAAAAGGUGCAUCAACUGAAUUAAGUGAUAAGGAAGGUUUGACCGCUUUGAGUUGGGCAUGCCUGAAAGGACAUUAUCAAGCAGUUCAGUGCUUACUAAAUCAUGGUUCUGAUGCAAAUCAUGCUGACAAAAGUGGGCGAACGCCUCUAGAUUUUGCAGCUUAUAAUGGUGAUCCUGAAAUUGUGCAACUAUUGUUGGAUUCUGGUGCAUUAAUGGAACAUGUUGAUCUCACUGGUAUGAGACCACUUGACCGAGCAAUUGGUUGUAAAAAUACUGGUGCAGUGAUAAGAUUUUUGCAUAAAGGUGCAAAAUUAGGUUCACAGACAUGGGCUAUGGCCCAAGGCAAUCCUGAAAUUCUAAUUCUACUUCUCACAAAAUUGCUUGAAGAUGCUACUAUACUGUGCAAGAGAGCAAGAAUGAAAGAUGCUGCCCAUAGGUAUCUAUAUGCUUUAAAGAAAUUUCCAUCUGAAAGCAAUUCAUGUUAUGAUCAAAGAUUUUUGCAAAUAAAGUUUCAGCUGUUUUUGGGUUUGUCUCGUUGCAGGAGAAAAAUGAAUGAACUCGCAUUAGCUGUAGAAGUCGCAGAGCAGGCAAUUCUCUUGAAACCAAAGUCUUUUGAAGGGUAUUAUGCCAGAUGUAGAGCACAUGAAGCUCUUGGAUUACAUGAAAGUGCUUUGGCAGAUAUAGUAGAAGCUCUUAAACUUGCUCCACAGAACCAAGAAAUGAAGAGAGUUCUAAUGAGACUGAAAGAUCAAAUUUCAAAAGCAAAUGAUGCUAGCAAUCCUGCUUGUGAAAAAAUUAAACCUGAAAGUUAUAUAGGCUUUAGUGGUUUAGAAUUUCCUAAAGCAGAAAGCUUUGGCUCCACAGAUACAAUUGAUCAGUUGUGCAAUUUAACUCUAAACCUUGUAGAGGAUUUGAACCAACUCAAAGACAGAAUGCAAGAUAGUGGUUGUGAAAGUAUCCAUUAGUGAAACUAUUUAGCAUGAAAAUAUAGAUGAAACAUAAAUGCCACCUACAAUUUAAAUUGAACUGUUUUGUAAUUAGAGUUCUAAUUUAUACUUUUUAUGUAUUUUGAUAUGGAAUUUAGAAAUUUUUAGCUAUUUAAAUUGAUAAAAAUAGUUUGCUAUUUUUUAUUUUGAAACUACAUUCAAUUUUGUAAAAUAACAUUACUGUAUAAUUUUCCCUUAUUUAAUAUGAAUUACUGAAAACAAUACUUAGUCAUUACUCCCUCAUUAAUUUUAAGUUAAGUAGAUUUGAAUGGUUUCAUUUCAUUUUUUUUAGCAUUUGUCAAGCAUUCAAUUCAUUUUUAACAUUCAAGUGAUUCACAACUUUCAUUAUUUUGACUUGAAAGUGUAAAAUAGUCUUUUAUUGUAUAUUUAUUAACAGUAAUUUUAUAAUAUAUAUAGAGAGAGUGAAGCUUCCUCAAAUUGAUAUUUGAAAAUGCACAUAAUUAUGUUAAAUUAUCAAAUGUGAAAAAGAGAACAUGUAAAUGAUUUAAUACAGUUUUAUAUAAGUCACAUAUACUACAGCAGCAACGGAUAAUUUCUGUAUAAAGUAAUUUAAUGCUUUUUUCCUACCUCAGAUUUAACUUUUUUAACAAGGCAUUAGAUUAAAUAAUAUUUAAAGCCAUGUAAAUGAAGUUCUUACAUUAAGUUUAUAAAAUUAACCAUCUGUCAACUGUUGUUUUUAAAAAGAACAAUAAUUUUUCUUACUAUUCCAUUGUAAAAUAUUAAAAGUUUUUCAGCUUUAUAUAAGCUAUAAUCUAUGAAAAAUACUCAGGCAACUGUAUGAUCUAGGUAUUAGGGAUUCAGUUGAAAGCCUUUAUUUAUAAGAUACAUAAGCUAAUUUCUACUUCCAAAUUCCCCUCCCCUCAGUUUAAGAAUUAGGGGAUUUAAUGUAUUUGAAAUAAAUUUUUGAGAAAUUAGUACCAGAUUAUAUCUUAACUACCCCCUUCGGUAUGCAUUUAUAUGUAUGAAAAACCUGUGCUCAUUAAGAAACAUGAUUUCUUGCUAUUCAUUUGAAACAAAAAUCUACAUGUGCAAACUAAAGAAUUUGAUUGUUGCUAUAUUUACAAUUUUCACAGUUUUGAAAUGUAAACUGAAAUUUGGUUUUAAUACAUGCUUACAAUAAUCUGGGCCAUGCUUUUGUAAUAAAACUCAUGCAAAAUUUUGCUUUGAAAAUAGAAAAUCAGAAAUAGAUCAAUAAACAAGAUGAGAAAUAUAUCACCACAUUUGGACUGUUGAAUUUCUAUAGUAUAUAUGCAAAUUAUAAAUGUCAAAUUCUUGUUUUAUUUUUUAAAAUAUGAAUGUUUUGUAUUAUUCCAGAUUUUCACAAUAAUUUAAUUUUAAUUUUCUGAAACAAUUUCCUACAUUUUUCAGACAUUAUUACCGUAUUUGACGGCAUAUAAGACGCAGCCUUAUUUAGACGGCAACACACAAGGGAAAAAAGUUUCAAUAGCAUGGUUUCUUUUAGUUCUCAUGUUUAGUAAAAGCCAAAUAGACAAUUAUUGAAUGCAAUUACCUUCACGUAUAAGACGCAGGCAACUUUUUUCAGACCAAAUUUAGGAAAAAAAGUGCGUCUUAUAUGCCGUCAAAUACGGUAGUUUAAAAAGUAAACAAAAAUGGGCUUCUUUCAGAUGUUUUCAGGUUUACAUUAAUAUUAUUUUUGAUAAUCAAUUAAUUUCUUGUUUGAAAUGUAGUGAAACAUUCCCAAACCUAAUUAUGCCUAUGGAUAAAUUGUACUAUAUAUAUCAUUGAAAUAUAGGUAAAUCGAUCUGGGUUCAAAUGCUAGGUUGGAUGCACGUGAGUUUUCGGAGAAUACAAGUAAUUUUAUAAUUAAUUGAAAGAUUAAAGUGUUAUGACAGUACUGUUACAUUUAUAUUUAAUUGUGAAAUGUGUCUUAUGAUGACAAGAGGUAAUUCUUAGUUGCCUCUUAAGCAUUGUUGUGUGUUACAUGUUUUUCUUUGUUAUUUAUGAUACGUUUUUUAAUAUAAAUGUCAAUUAAAUGCAUCUUACAAAAUAUAACACUUAAUGAAUAUUAAAUAUUUAUAAAUAUAUAUAUGGAAGCUAACAAUUAAAAUAAAUGUAAUAUAAAACAAAACUGUAUAAACUUAAUUUUUAAAUCACGCUUGAAUUUAAGAUCUGCAUUAAUGAAUUUUGUUAAAAUUAAAUUUUUAUAAUCUUUAUAUUUUACAGUCAGUUUUUAAUUCAUCUGUUGGACCCAAAUAUAUUAAAUUUUGACUUUACUGCUAAAAUAGCAUUGUUCCAAUGCAAUAAAACUUCGCUUUCUAGACAUUUUGCAAAUGCCAGGUGUAUUUUCUUUCUUUUCUUGUUGAUGCAAAAUUCCCUUCCUGUUGACUGCCCAUUGUAAGCAUGUGCUCUAAAUAAAGGAUUCUUCUAAAAGCUCCAAGGUUAACUUCUAUUGCAAACCAUUCUUCUAAAUCUACUGAAUGCUUUACAAUACUACAUUUUGGACCUUGUUUGAUUAUUUAUAGAAUAAAUUUGCAGUUCCUUGAUGUUGGCUUGGAAUUUAGUCGAGAUUUCAGUCAUUUGCAAUAAUAAAUAUUGUCUACCAAAACAUGAUAUUUAUUUUACAAGCGGGGCUUUUAAAAUAGAUAAAAAGUAAUAUAUUAACAAAAAAUUUGAAGUCUGUACUUCAUAAUUUAGUACAAGAUCUAUGCAAAUAAAUUUCAGAAAUACAAUUGUGCAAAAACAAAUGUGAGCCACUGUAUGUGUUCUGAAAUUUUAAUUUCAGGUUUUUAAAAAUAUUUUUAAAGAAUAUUGAAAUAAUGUAUUUCUUUAUAUCUUCCUAAAAGUAUAGAAAUGGAUAAUGGAAAUAAUUACCAUUAUCAAGUAUUGGACUACAACUAAAAGAAAUAUGUUUAUUACAUUUAUUAAGUUGUUUAGAUGCUUUCAGGUUCCAACGAUCCUUAAUUUAAUUAGUUGUACACUGCAACAAGAAUGUUCUGUUUGUGAUGAUUCAGUGUUGUAACUGAUCAUUUAACUCUUAGAGGACAUUUGUUUUCAUUUUAUAAUUUUUUAAUUCCAUAUUAUUUUAAGUAUGUAGAGAAUAUGAAACUAUUAUACUGUUGAAGUAAUUUCACUUUUACUUAGUUUGUUACAAAAAUUUUCUCUCUUCUUCCCCCCCGGAAAAAUGAAGAUACAUAACUGUGAUGCACAUAUUUCAGUAUGUAUUAGAUUUCUGUAGCAAACUAAAAAGAAAAGUAAAGCAGCAUAUUUUUAAGUUUCUAAUUUCCAUGUAUAAAGAUUUUUUUUGUAAUAUUUAUUUGAUUGCUGUGCCAUCCAGUUGUCUACUGGUAAACUGGGGCAUUUAACAUUCCUUUAUUUAAAUAACCUGUAUAUGUUUUUUGUUUUUAUCAUUUAGGUUAGAUUUUAUCGGCUUAGGGAUAAAUGUACAGAUUUUGUAGAUAGCAAUAAAAAUGCCUUGUAUUGUAAAUACUUUUUUUGUAUGUUGACUGUGAUCACAACUUUUAUACAUUGGGUUUGCUUUCACUAAGAUUAGUGCAUUUAUUGCAUUGUAGCAAUUCACUCGAUAUUUGAAGUUGAAUAAAAAUCUCUACCUAUGCA